GGUCCUUCAUCGGUGAAGAGUCCAUAAAUCUGCACAUCUUAGAAUAGGGGAAAUCCCAUAUCGAUGGAUGGCCCAAAGUACGCCUCAAAUUAGAGGGUAUGCACCAGCCGUAAUGGCAAACGUACCAUCCAAAUUGCAAUCGGCAUACCAGUGCCGGCAGACUGCAGAAAGAAAGAGAAAAGGCAACCCUUUCUUUUGGGAUGCCACCGCCUCUUUCUGGCCCCCCCCUCCGCUGUCGUUGUCGUUGGCCACGUUCUUUGUCGCGUGUUUUUGGCUGUGAAAGUUUUAUUUCUUUCUGACGCGCGGUGCCAGUCGCCAGAAACAAAAGACUGACCCGGUUCCCCUCUGCAGAUACCUCCACCAGAAGGAUGGACGAAGGACUUGGCCUAAAGGCUAUGCGAAUUGCAGCUGGAAAGGGGGCCGUGGAAUCGCUGGAUGUUGGCCAAGUGUUUGACUUCCGCCAUUUGAUGGCUGUUGUUUGGCCUCUAAAUGAAUUUUCCAUCAUCACAAAUUUCAAGGAACCCGACGACUUUUCCGUCUCUGUGAAAAUCUUUUAUACUCCCAUAACUUGGGAAUUGAAAGCGUAUUUUUUUAUAGAACAUUUCUCUCUCUCUCUCGGCCUCUGGUUGGAUCUAAAUUUCCCACUGAAGGAUGUCAACGCGUCAUCUGUGGUUCGGGGCCCGCCUUUGCGGGCAUUCCACGGCCAACUGGCUGCGUCCGAGACCGCAACAGGUGAUUGUGGCGGCCAUGAGCUCCUCGAAGGGAUGGAGACCUGCUGCCGAUAUCAAGCACAGCCUGCCACGGAUUGCGGCAAGUAAAACUAAGCGAAGAUCGACGAGAACUGCGGCCACGGCGAGUGAAGAUCCGGCCAAAGAUCAGCCGCCGCCUGGAAGGAAGAUCCGCAAGAAGAUUCAUUGGACGACGCUGGGGCCGCCCACGAAACACCUCGCGAGUUUGCCGAGCUCUGGGUUUCUGGCGCCACUUCCCAGCCAUUUUGGUGGACUGAUUGCAUAUUUCUCGAACCAUUCGGGAGGAGAUGGAGACGUUCCUCCUCCUUCUGAUGCUCCACCGACGCGACCAAGAAGAGGGUCCAUUGCAAGGGGAUUUCCAGUGACUCCGGGCAUACGAGCGGAGGCUAGGCCGCCGAAGGCUCCACGAUUUCCCCCCUCUGGACUGCCGUCUGUGCCAUCGAUUGAGCCGGAAGCACCUCGAGAGGCGCCUGCCACCGAGUUAUCAGAGGAGUCACCGUCUAACCCUGAGGGGACUCAUCCUGAAGCACCAGCAGAACAGUUUACAGCAGAUCCGGAGGCAGGAGAUGCCCCUCAGCCUUCCGAAGCCCCAUCCAGCCCAUCCGGAGAUCCUCCUACUCCUGAAACUGCCGCAAAGCCAUCUGCAGACCCGCCUACAUUGAACCUCUACGGGCUGGAAAUGGAUAUAUAUCCAGACUUAAGACCUGCCUCGGAGGAGUCGCCGAAAGUCGACUCUCCAGGAGGGGAAUCCCCGAGAAAAGGAGCUCCAGAUACUCCAAAGGCCAAAGAAAACCCAAGACCGCCGCUUUGUUCGGGAGUCACGCCCCCAAAAGGAACACGAACGUACUGUUCACCGCCAAAAAAACCAAAGGGUCCUUUUUCUGCACCCGAACCAACCCCAAAAGGUCCUUUGUUCCCGCCCAAGAGAGCUAAAGCUGCGCCAACGGAAAAGUCUGCUUCGAAGGGGAAGGGCGCAUGCACUCCUGCACCUGCUGCCCCGAAAAAGGAGGCCAAGGCGGCAGGACCUCCGCAAACGUGCUCCAAGCCACCAGCCCCAGGAGGUCCUGGAAAGCCACCAGCCGCAGGAAGUCCUGGAAAGCCACCAGCCCCAGGAAGUCCUGGAAAGCCACCAGCUGCUGGAGGUCCUGCAAAGCCACCAGCCGCAGGAGGUCCUGCAAAGCCACCAGCCCCAGGAAGUCCCACAAAGCCACCAGCCUCUGGAGGUCCUGGAAAACCACCAGCCGCCGGAGGUCCUGGCAAACCGCCAGCCCCAGGAAGUCCUGGAAAGCCACCAGCUGCUGGAGGUCCUGGCAAACCACCAGCCCCAGGAAGUCCUGCAAAGCCACCAGCCGCCGGAGGUCCUGGCAAACCACCAGCCGCAGGAAGUCCUGCAAAGCCACCAGCCCCAGGAGGUCCUGGCAAACCACCAGCCACCGGAGGUCCUGCAAAGCCACCAGCCACCGGAGGUCCUGGAAAACCACCAGCCACCGGAAGUCCUGGAAAGCCACCAGCCGCCGGAGGAUCAGGGAAGAACGAAGGCGCCGGCGCCGGCGGCACAAAGACACCGCCUCCCCCAACGGGAAAGGGCUCGAAGGGGCCACGCCUCAUCACGCUGAUGCCUGGCGAUGGCAUUGGCCCGGAGAUCUCUAUGGCCGUCCUCGAAGUGCUCGAUGCGAUGAAGGCGCCGCUGAUCUUCGAGCCCGUGGACGUGACGCCGGUGAUGAAUAGCAGCGGCCAGACGACGAUACCCGACGCGGUGAUUGAGAGCAUGAACCGCACGAAGGUGGGGCUCAAGGGACCCCUGAUGACGCCCGUGGGGACGGGCUUCCGCUCCCUGAACCUGACCCUGCGGCAGCUGUUCAAUCUGUACGCGAACAUCCGGCCGUGCAAGUCGCUGCCGGGUGUGGAGACGGUGUACGGCGACGUGGAUGUGGUGACCAUUCGGGAGAACACCGAGGGCGAGUACUCCGGCCUGGAGCACACCCUCGUCAACGGGGUGGUGCAGAGCAUCAAGCUGAUCACGCGGAGCGCCUCCAUGCGGGUCGCCGAGUACUGCUUCAAGUAUGCAAUCGAGAUGAAGCGGAAGCAGAUCACGGCCGUGCACGAAAUCAACAGCAUGCGGAUGUCGGACGGACUGUUCAUCCGCUGCAUGCGGGAAACGGCCAAGAAGUACGAGAAGGAAAUGACAGCAGCGGGCGUCAAGUACGAGGAGGUGACCCUCAAGACGGUCUGCCUGAAGAUUGUCGAGGACCCCAAGCGGUUCGAUGUCCUCAUCCUGCCGAAUCUCUACGGCGACAUCAUCUCCGACACCUGUGCGGGCCUCAUCGGGGGCCUGGGUCUGACGCCGUCCGGCAAUAUUGGCACCUCUGGGGCAAUCUUUGAGUCUGUCCACGGCACGGCACCGGACAUUGCCGGCAAGGAUCUGGCCAAUCCCACGGCCCUUCUGCUGUCGACGGUGAUGCUGCUGCACUACGUGAAUCUGCCCACGUAUGCGGACGCCAUCGAGAAGGCAAUCGUGAAGACCGUCAAGGACGACAACGUGCGGACCAUCGAUCUGGGGGGCAAGGCCAAGUGCUCGGAGUACACCCAAGCGUUGAUUAAGAAUCUCAAGUGAUCCUGCAGAUCAUUCCAGGCUUUAAGAAAUUUUAAUUAAAAUUAUUGAAUGAAAGGCA